UUCCGUGUGUAGUGCGCAGUGCCGUUAGGGGAGGACAAAGACACCCCCGUUCGCACCGUUACUCCGCAUAUUGACCCCGUGAGAGAACAAGAUGCGGACUGCGUCCGUCGUGUUUUGCGGGAUCUUGCCUUUGCACCUUUUUCUCUGUGUGCAUUCUCUUCCGGUCAGCGGCCGGCCAACCAGGAGGUCCAGGCAGCCACAGGUAUGGCCUCGCAGCAACAGGGGGACACAUGAACAGGACAUGCUAAACAAAGACUACCAUCUGAGGUCUCCAUCGGAAUCCAAAAAUGACACCAAGUUCUGGCAGCGUCCUCGCUGUGGAGUUCCAGACCAUUCCACCUUGAUGCAGGUUGACCUGUUGUACCAUAACCUGAAGGAGAAGAGGGGAGGUCUGAGUCGAAUGCAGCGCAGGAAGCGAUUUGCUCUGUUUGGACGGCGCUGGGAGAAGAUGGACCUCACAUACAAGAUUGUCCGUUUCCCCUGGCAGAUGAGUGAGGGCAAAGUGCGGCACAUACUCCAAGAGGCAUUUGGAGUGUGGGGUGCAGUGACUCCUUUGACCUUCAAAGAGGUCACCACUGAGGGAGCUGACAUUAUUAUCGACUUCAACAGAUACUGGCAUGGCGACAGCUUACCGUUUGAUGGUCCUGGAGGAAUCCUCGCACACGCCUUCUUCCCCAGGACACACAGAGAGGGCGAAGUCCACUUUGACUAUGAUGAGAAUUGGACAGUGGGGAACAUUACAGGCACUGAUCUCGCACAAGUGGCCACUCAUGAGUUUGGCCAUGUCCUUGGCCUGCAGCACUCCCUGGAGCCUGAUGCUGUGAUGUGUCCUUUCUACAGUGACUCCUACCCUCUGCAGCUCAGCGAGGAUGACAAGAGGGGCAUCCAGUAUCUAUAUGGGCCCCCUCUGCGUGCACAGCCCGACAUCACUGAGACCAAUGAGAUUGACAUUGGAAUGUUUGACGCGUGCAGAACGAACUUUGAUGCCGUAUCUAUGAUCAGGGGAGAGCUGUUCUUCUUUAAGUCUCGCUAUGUUUGGCGUAUCCGGGAUGGGCAGCUUCAAGCUGGCUAUCCAGCCUUGGCUUCACGUCACUGGAGAGGCAUUCCUGACCAAAUCGAUGCUGCGUAUGAAGACACGAAGGGCAACAUCUGGUUCUUCCAAGGUGACAGCUACUGGGUGUUUGAUGCCGAGAAGAAGAUCACAGGACCAGAUUCAGUGCGGCAGCUUGGUCUUCCUGUCACAGAUAUCCAAGCAGCUUUGAAAUGGGACGAGGACCGUGUUGAGAAAGUCUACAUCUUCAAAUCUGCUUCCUACUGGCCCUUCAAUCCCCAAAUGAAUCGAGUAGUUGAUGUUCAUCCUCGCAGCAUGCACAAGUGGGGAGGAGUGCCCGGCCAAAUAGAUGCAGCAUUUCAAGACCUUUAUGGUUACGCCAAUUUCCUGAGUGGACUGCAAUAUUGGAAAUUUGACCCUGUAGCGUUGAAGGUGCUAGAAGGCUACCCUCGCAGCAUCGGGAUGGAUUUCUUUGGCUGUUCUGCCAUUCUCUCUUAAUGAGUUCAUAUGCAUUUAGACUCACUAUGGUUUACUCCCUUGACAUUUCAAAAUCACAGUUUAUUUCUAUAAAUUCACUGUAUGUGAAUGAAUGAAACAUGUACAUCUUUGAUUAUUGAAGGUGCUCUUUAAGGUUCCUCAGGCGAGAUCAAUCAGUACCUCAUAUAUUACACACAUUUAAAAAAAUGUUCUUUUCACUGAGUUAUUUUUGUGCAUUUCAUAGAACCAUACAAUGGUCAUCAAUAUCUGUUGAAAAGCAUUUGUCUGUUUUCAUUAGAAGAAUACAAUUCAUUUGGCUCACACACCCAUAUUCUGCAUUAUAAAUUAUGUGUUUCUAUCCUAAUUAGAAAAUUAGACAGUUUGAGCAACUGUACAUUUCUUUUGAUAGACAUCACCAUUGAUUAUUUGUUUUCAAGGAGUGACUGUUUGCAAUCAGUGCAGGACACUGACUAAUACAUUGACUAAUACAGUAUAAUACACUGGUGUGUUUGUACCAGGGCAGUCUAGAGCAGAAUUACCCUUGUGGUUUAAAGUUGAAAAUGUACUGACAGCAAUAAGAUCUUUUAAUAGAUUUUACACAUAUACUGAUCUG